UUCAUUGUGUUGAAUGAGUGACGAACUGUCAGUAGCAAUUGUGGGUGGUAAAUCUUCCCCACUAGUUUUUAGAAGGUAGUUUGUUUGUAUCUAGUUUUUAAGGGCCCUGCUACUGCGAACAGUGGAAAAUAUUGACUAUUUCUGCUACUCUGAAAGGCGCCAAUAACAGUCCAGUUUGGUCUCCAUUUGCAACCGGUAAUCAAACAUGGCUCUGCGUGGAAUUAGGGUACUGGAAUUUGUAGGCCUAGCACCAGGUCCUUUUUGCGGGAAAAUUUUAGCUGAUUUCGGAGCCACAGUAACCCGCAUAGACAAGGUUAUUGAAAAUCCAAUUGAAUGCCUUCAAUCCGGUAAAAACACUCUUGUUGUAAACAUAAAGAAAGCUGAGGCUCAAAAUUUUAUAAAAUCGUUAUGUAAAAGUUAUGACGUCCUUAUUGACCCUUUUCGACCAGGAGUGUUAGAAAAGAAUAAUUUAGGUCCAAGCGAUCUUAUGAAGGAGAAUCCUAGAUUGAUAUACGCGCGUUUGACUGGCUUUGGGCAGAGUGGACCACUUGCGAAUCGAUCAGGUCAUGAUAUCAAUUACGUUGCAUUAUCAGGAAUGCUUUCGUUCCUUGGUAGGAAGGGCGAAAAACCAACCCCACCAAUAAAUUUACUUGCGGAUUUUGCAUCAGGUGGAUUACUAUGUGCAUUCGGUAUUUGCUUGGCUCUUCUUGAACGGCAUCACUCGGGAAAAGGACAGAUUGUAGACAAUUCAAUGGUGGAGGGAAGUGCAUACAUCGGAAGUUGGUUGAUAGCGUCACAAAAGUUACCAAUUUGGUCCAAACCUCGAGGCGAAAACACUCUCGAUUCAGGCGCUUUUUACUAUGAUACCUACGAAACAAAGGAUGGAAAAUUUAUGUCAGUUGGAGCUCUUGAGCCCCAGUUCUAUGCAUUGUUCGUGGAAACUUUGGGUUUGGAUAAUUUAGAACAAUAUGAUGAUAACGAUACCGCCAAGAAGUUGGUUAGUGAAAGGUUUUUGACCAAGACACAGAAAGAAUGGUCAGAAAUAUUUGAAAAAGUUGAUGCUUGUGUGUUUCCUGUUCUUGAUUGGCAGGAUGCAGGCGGACAUGAACACAAUAAAUUUCGACAGUCGUUUGAUAAGAAUGGACUGCCGAAACCUGCUCCUAGACUUGGUAGAACUCCAGGUCAACUAGCAGAUAAUGGUCAAGUCAAAGAUUUAUACGAACAGGCUGUGACCAUUCUGAAAGAUAUUGGGAUGACAGAGAAGGAGAUUCGAAAGUUAGUCGAUAUUGGAGUGAUUCAAGUGAAUAGUCGGAAUAAAUUGUAGGUAUAAGCAUUAAAGGUUAUUGUAUUGUGUUAAUGGAUGGAUUUUAAUAAAAA